UCUCUCAGUUCCUCUCGGAAAGUGUGCUGAAUAACUGGAGCAAAAAGAGGAGAAUGGUCUCCAGUGUCAAACCAACAACUGCUUGUCUCCUUCGUCCUCCUCAAAUUGCACCAGCCACGACUCGAGUGAGUAGUGAGGUGAGAUUUAUCCCUGUUCUUGUAUCACUCCAAGCUUGGGGGCAGGGAAGAAAAAAUUGACCAUUUGUGUCAGUGGAAACUAUUCUUUACCUUCAUUUACACGUUGAAUGAGUGACAUUUUUGUUAAAAACAAUGUUAAGCAGGAAGACUUUAAAGAAAUUAAGUCAAGAUUAGGAUACGAAAUGUUAUUAUAAUUAAGCAUACGCUACAUAUUAGUAGUUUAGCUGCAAGUGAUUACAAUAUUUGAUUAAUAAUAGGAUCUCUAAAGUAGGAGUGAAAUUAUACCGUGAACACAAUUGUAACCCAAUCAACAUCACAAUGAAAAGUUUGUUUGUUGUAUCGUGGCAUCUCAAAUUGUCCCACUUUUUCUGGAUCCUUCUCCUCUGCCCUCUCGUCCACUUGGAUGACUCAGCGAAAGAUGGAGAAGACGAAGUUUUGCCGUUUUUCGAUCCUGGUUCUAAUAUGACAACCAACUUGACAGUACAAAUGGGUUCAGACGUCUUUCUUAGCUGUCCUGUCCAACAACUGGGACCUUUCAAGGUUUCUUGGGUGAAGAAAGACCCAACUGGGAACAUACAACUGUUGACCUACGGUGAGACGACGUAUCGCUCCGAAGCCCGUCAGAGUUCUCAUUUUGUGAAGCCCAACGAUUGGCAGCUAAGACUGAGCAGUGUUCAACGCUCCGAUGGGGGCAACUAUCAGUGUCAAAUCUCCACCCAUCCGCCCAGAAUUCUACACUACACUCUCAACGUCAAUGCUCCCACAGUCGACAUAGUUGAUGACGGGGAGAAGCCAUUAAAGGACAAGAUAUUUAAAAUAGGGUCAACUCUAGAGCUCCGCUGCAUCGUGAAUCAAGUAGGUCCCACGAUGGAUAGUGGACAACACGUGAGUUGGUAUCAUGGCUCCCGGCUCCUCAACAACGACACAUUUCGUGGAGGCAUCAGUGUGAAGAGCUGGGUGCAGAAGGAAUCCGGUUUCUCCAAGCUGAGCAAGUUGUACGUGGCGAAUGUGAACAGCAACGACUCUGGAUGGUACACCUGCUCGAUGGGACGGUUCGGAAAUGCCACGGUCUAUGUCUCCAUCUACGUCCACGGCGAGACACCUGCCGCCAUGCAGCAUGGAGAUGGUUCGAAACUCUCCUCAUCCGUCUUCUCCUCUCUCACCUUUCUCCUCACCACCCAAGCCGCUUGUUGCAUCCUUCACUAAAGCCAAAGUACACAAAUUGGAUUGUCUCCUCAACUCGGGUCGACUACUGACUCAACUUCUUCUUCUAUUGCUACCACGACGUACUUAUUUCUGCUGCUGCUUCUCCUCCUCCUCCCGAGAAAAGCGAGAAGAGAGUUGAUGAGAAAAGAAAGAAACUGGAAGAAGCUCUCUUCAUCGCCACGUGGAUUAUUUAUUUGUUUGUUGCAUUCGGUGUGUGUGUGAGUGUGCGGUGGGAACUGGAAACAAUUUACAUGGGAAUCAGGACAAGAAACUCAAUUAAAUUUUCAACUCUAUUCUGCUACGAGAAGGACGACGACACGACAAUGACACUUACUGCACUGCAGGUGGUGGUUGUUGCUGUGCGAGGGUGAGAUAUGCAUCCCCUGGAGCUCGAGUUGGUGAAAAGUGAAUGAGGGUGAAAGUGACAAAUAAAUUAUUUCCUUCCUUCGUCAUCAUCAUCAUCUCAUCAUAUCCAACCCAAAGGAUCCCAGAACGUCUUCUUUUCCUCAUUUAUUUAUACGUUUCACGAGUGAGUGUGUGUGUGCGGGUGAGUAAGUAGCGUAAUGUCAGAGAAAACUUAAUCUGUUGUAAAUACCUAUAACUAAUUGGAGGAGAGGAGUGAUUUAUUAUGAUGCGUCCACGGUGCGAGAGUGCUAUUUGUCUAUUAUCUGUCUACUUAGCGAUGAAUAUUAUUAUUACUUUUAUUUAAAUACUACUGUAUAAUAUGUAUUUACUAGGGAAAAAAUAAUCAAAAAUAUUCACAAAAUAUACGAAUGAAUGAACCAACUGGUGCUUGAAUGAGAAUUUGUUAAAAAAAACGUCGUGGUUGGAGAAACGGAGUAGAAGUAAUUAUUUGUAAAUAUCGAUAUUGUUUGUUACACAAUACGAGUUAAAUAGAAGGUGGAGGUAAAAAAUGUGUGGAGGAAUCUAUCAAAGCAGACCGUGGGAAAGAGAAAGGUGUCUCAAUUUAAUUCAGCAAAAAAUAUAUAGUUGAAAGAAUCACAAUAAAUUUUUACUUGGAGAGAGCAAAGUACACACAUUCAUCCACCCACGUCAACUUCCCAUCGUCAUAAGUAAUGAUCCCACCUUGCAAAUUCUCUCAUGUAAUUAUGUAACCUACUAAAGGUGUAUGUAAUUCACGCCCCACUACAUGCAUAAAGUGAAGUGGGUCGUCAUUCUCUCUUUUUCAAGUAUUUCCCAACCAACCCGCCCACACAACGACAGGGUUGCUGCAUCUAUUUAUUUACGUAAAAAUAAAAGAGUUUUAUAACAUAAGUUAACAAUAGGUGGAUACAUACAUAAGCAAAUAGGGAAAUAUUACUCUACUAAAUAACGAUAAGGUAUUUAGAAAUAUGUACAAAAAGUAAAGAGUCAUCAAGCCAAUCUGCUGCUCUAGGCGACUCGAUCAUGUCUGGUUGGAAAAUAUAGGUUCGAAACUUGCCGAAGAAAAAUACAACACCUCAGAUCAAGCUCAAGGCCAUAGAUAGACAGAUUUACAUAAGUAGCGAGCAGGAAAAAGAGUACGUAGCGAGUAGGUAAUAGAACUAGAGCUUAGGUACGAUAAUUAAUUACUGCGUGGUGGAUAUAUCUUCUACAUGUAAACAUAAUAAUGGCUUAAAAAAUAUGUAAGAGAAUCAUAUUCAUGGAGGAGGAGGGAGGAGAUGAGGAUUCGUGUAAGAUGAUCGUCCACCAGGAAGUUUACUCUAUUUUGGGCAAGUUUUAAUCACUAAUUAAUCGUAGCAAUUAAUUACUUGUAUUUUUGCCGUCUAAAAGUACACAUGCACUUAAGCUUAAAAAAAUAAGAGUAGGAAAUGAGAUGAAACCACGAGUAUGCUAAUGUAGAUCGAGUGUAGAGCUAGUUACAUAGUUAGUUAUUCUUGUUUCGUACGUAUUAUGUAUGUAUUAUCACUGGACCUGACUACUCUGAUUUACCUUGAAAUGGUAAUUCUACUCGAAGAAAAGGGAAGGAAAAAAAGAAAGUCGGAAACAAAUAAACUUCUAUUUUGUUGUUUUAUUCUCUAAGGUGCUCUUUCAAACAGGAUCAGAAAGAAUCAAUUCUUCUCAUGCUCCUCCACAACCUUUUCCUCCUUCUUUAUAUCCAGACAAGAGAUUCAUUUACAUUUUUUUGCCUCCAUUCGUGGAAAACAAAAAAAUGGAGAUUGGAAAAGAAGAGACACAUAAAUAUUAUCCUUUUCUCUUCUCUGCAAAAAUGUGAACAACUACACGAUUCUCUCGAAAUAAGAAAUAGAAAUAGAGAGGCAGAGAUCCAAUCCGAAAAAGUUGGGUUAAUGAAAUGUUUGUCAAAGUCAGACCAAGUGACAGUUGUGCUGAUGCCAUGAGAGGAAAAGUUUGGAGAAAGGAUAGAAAACAGAACACAGAGCGUAACGAUAAUAAUGAUAUUAUUACUCCUUGUACUAAAUAUAACGACUUAAUAAUAAUACCAAAUAUAUUAGAUUACAUACAUUACCGUGUUUUAUAUUAUAUCGUAUCGUGACUAUCUGUAUGUAGGUCUGGAGAAUCAUUAUUAUUAUUCUGCAAAUUAUCUGUACAUGGUAAUUCCAUCAUUAAUUAAUACAUAUUAUUAUUGUAAGUAAGUAAGUAAUCGUUCCAGUAACAUUUCUCCGGUGUGAAUAUUAUAUAUAUAUAAUUGUUAUAAUAUUGAAUCUUAUUAUUGUAAUGUAGAUUUUGAGAAAAAGUUUGACUGAGCAGUAGUGCAGAUAGAAGAAUACAUGGUUUCGAAAGUAUUUCGAUAAUGAUAAAUCACAUUAUUGUUAUUAUUAUUAAUUUUAUUAGCAAUUGUUGUAGUAGUAUUAUUUUUUGUCGUGAUGGAUUGUGAUUUAUAUACUUGUAUAAUUAUUAUUGUCAUAAAUUCGUUGAGAUUUGAGAAAUAGUAAAAGGGAAGAGUAACCUCCAAAAAUAAGGAAACGAUUGAUUAUAUGCAACACCAAAUUAUUAACGAUGACAGCGAAAGGCUACUUGUUUAUUUGUGCGUCUAGUACUAAGAACUAGAGGAGCGAAAGUGUCUGUAAAAGGGGAAAUGUGUAUGGAGAUAAAAUAAAUCGUAUUAUUCAUUCCGAGUAAAUGUGCAUAUAAGCCAUCUAAUCUAAUCUGACUAUAUUUUACUGUGUAAGAAUAUAAAGAGCGACGACUCAUGUUUCCUCGUAAAUGCUGAAAGUAAAAUAAAUGCGUAACGUGAAAUGAGAUGAUAAAGUGAGAA